UGCUCAAGCCUCAAGGCCAAGGCGGACAGACUGAGAUACCAACCAACGGGCAGUCUUGGCCAGGUGCAAAUGCCAAGCACCUUGAGGCAAAUGCGCAGCAGAUCACAUGGGGGACCUCUUGGAAGACAGGGUGGGGCGGCAGUGGAUGCACACGAUGCCCUAAACCACGGCAUCUUGUGUAGGGCCUAAAUUCGAUGGUCAUUGGAGACAAGUACUGCCUUAACUCUUUUCGGUAGACAGGAUGGGUAGUGACAAGACGCGCCCCACAAGCGCAGGGACAAUGAGACCUGCGGAUUCUGAAGUUGACUCUCAAAGGAGCGGCAAGAGCAAUCCUGGAAAAAGGAAGCGGAACGACUGGUCAGCGGCGAGCCAAGGCACGAAGCCGAUCACCAGCUUCUUUGGGGGCCCUGCAAGAAACAAUGGCGCACCGGGCCCUGAAUCUUCAUCAGCAGCAGGCAAAGUCUCAGCAGGAGCAGGGACCGGGACUUCUGAGAAUGCAGGUGCAGAAGCGUCUGGCCAAGAGUCUGAGCAGCUGCUGGGAGGCAAGAGCAGAGCUGCAUCCCCCCAUGGCAAAGUGAAGGAGGAAAGUGGGAGGGGUUCAGGUGCCAAGGCCAUAAGUAAGGUGGGGAGGGGCCCCAAGCUCCUGCCUGGCCAGAUGCGGCUCUCAGUUGCACACAGGCUCCCAUUCGUGCCCCCCCGCAGAAUUGCUGGUGGGGCUCCGGAGAGUGCCACGAAUGCAGACCUCCACUGGAACCUGCAGCGUCCGCCACCUGCCCCAAAAGAGGCAGGUCCGCCAGCCACUGAGGGUGCGCAAGGUGCCACCAUCCCGACUGCCGAACAAGAUGGAGAUGCUGCGCAGGCAGGGGCGAAAAGCGUAAGGAGAGAGAGUAAGGAAAAGGAGGAGGGGGGUGGUGGAAAGAGAGUCAAAUGUGCGACCACAUAUCAAGCUGUCGGGGGCUUCGCCACAGGACACGUCCAGACUGUCCGAACGUCCUUCGACCUGUCCGACCAUUUUGAACAGGCCGAUGAUGCUGAGGGCAGCAGCUUCAUGGCGGCCAAUGUGCGCCGAGGGCUUGAAAACCUGAGCGGCCGAACGGGGGGGAUGCCGCUAGUUGAAGAGGAGCCUGUAGAAGCAGGGCAGGCACCCCCCCGGAGAACUGAUGCUGCAGAGGCAGGGCCUAGCAACUGGCAGGCAUUGGGAGCUCAAAGUAGAUCAGAUGGUCCAGCUGAGAUCAACGGGGGAAGAGUUGGUGAACAAGCGGGGGGGGUGAGCGGUAUGGUGCAGGGGGGAAAUAUGGGGGAAGGAGUUCCACGGGAGCCUCGGCCAGCACCGCCUGUGCUCAGUGAGGAGCAGCGCAGGGCUGCGACAAGUGCUUUCAACACACCGCUCAUGAUCAUUGCAGGGGCCGGAACCGGCAAAACACAGACGAUGGCAGUGCGUGUCGUGGAGAUGAUUCGCCAGGGCAUACCGCCAGGAAACAUCCUUGCCUUGUCCUUUACUAACAAAGCAGCAGCGGAGCUCGAGGAGCGCAUUGGAAGGAUAUACUGGGGUUCCCGGGCGCAGGACAAACCCCCGGUAGACUUGAGCAAACUCACAGUGUCGACCUUUCACUCCCUUGGCCUGCGGUGGGUGCGCAUCUUCCACCGCGCGCUCGGCUUUGAGAAGAUGCCGGCGGUCUACGAGAAGCGGCAAAAGGAGUUUACGGUGGCCCAGUGCCUCGAGCAAUACAAACGAGAUGAAGACCGCAAGAAGGCGUGCGGUUACCUUAAAAUGCGUGGAGACGCACCCUGGCAGCGCAUCUUCGACAAGUGGAGAGAGACUUCCCCCGACAGCUACCGCCAGUGCGAAGACGCCGUGCGCAAGAAGCUCGAGGAGAACAGGCGGAAACGGAAGAAGAAGCAGGACACCGAGGCGAAACAGAAACAAAAAGUAGCUCGCACAGACGAGGGCGGAAGCGGCAGGGGCAGGGGCAGAGGCAGAGGGGGCCGCGGCAGGGGGGGUGCUGGGGGGAGGGGGCGGGGAGCAGGCCCUCAGGAGGAGCGUCCCGAGAGUAGCGACAGGGGGGGGGCUUGUGAGCAGGGAGCAGAGCCGAACGGUAGUGUCGACGUGGAAGAGAGUGACGUCACCAUGUGGGAGAAUGAGCUGGCGGACGCAGUGUUCCACGAGAUCUGGUUGUGGGAGUUGAGGAAGAAUGUGAAGCAUAAGGAGGGGACAGAGAAAAGCGCAUGGGAGGCGCGGUGGAAGGGAGUGCCCAAAGCGAAGUACAUCGUGAAGGAUAUUGAGCGCGCCAAGACGUACGGCCACACGGCGCACGAAUACCCGCAAGGGGUGGCGGCAUGGUCGGACGUGUUUCACAUGUACGAGAAGAAGAUGCGCGAGGCGAACGCGGUCGACUUCGACGACAUGCUGCGGCUGCUGGCGCUGCUGCUGGACGGGCGGACGUGCCGCGCGGCCAAGCGGCGCUUCCAGGCGCAGUUCAAGUACGUGCUCGUGGACGAGUGCCAGGACACCAACUCCGUCCAGAGCAAAAUCGUCCAGAGCUUCUACGAGUCGAUGCCCGAAAGCAGCAUCACCGUCGUAGGCGAUGACGACCAGUCCAUCUACGGCUUCCGUGGUGCCAACAGCAUGGCCUUCACGCUGUUCAUGGACCACUAUUUCGGCGUGGAGCGGUCGCUGCUGCAGGAGAACUACCGGUCGACGGCCAACAUUCUGAAAGUGGGCGGCGCAGUCAUCCGCGACAACGUGCAGCGCGUGGUGCACAAGACGCUGCGGCCCACCAAGGCGCAGGGCGACCCGGUCCUGGUCGUGCAGGCCGGCACAGAGGAGGACGAAGCUGCCUGGGUCGCCAACAAAAUCGCAGAGACGAUGGCCGAGGAGGGCAACACGCGGCGCUUCCGCGACUUUGCGCUGCUGCUGCGCAACUUCCGCUUCGGCAAGCAGGGCUCCGUCAGCACGGUGUUCCAGCAGGCGCUCCAGCGGAGACGGAUUCCGUACAAGCUCACGGGCGGGCAGAGCAUCUACGAGCGGAAAGAAAUUCUGGACGUCAUGGCUUAUUUGGAGCUUAUUCUAGACGGGGAUAACGACGCCGCGUUCGAGCGGGUGUGCAAUAAGCCCCCCCGGGGGAUGAACCCGGCCAAGGACAAGUCGCAGACCAUGACUGUGAUCCGGGCGGUAAAAGGGCAACUGGAGAACCGGGGAGAGCGCGCGAGUCUGAUGGCCUCGACUAACGAGGCGCUCCGGCGGGGCGAUCUGGACGGUGCGAGCGCGGGCAAAGCGCGGAGGUUCGCUGACGUCAUCGAGGAGCUCCGGGACUUCGCCACGUGGCACUCGGUUGUGGAGACGACGCGCGAGGUGCUGAGGCGGACGGGGUACGCGGAGUACGCGAGGAAGGAGCGGGAGAACGAGCGGAAACGGAAACGGAAGCAGGCGGGGCGGCGCGGGGAGAGGGAGGAGAGCUUUGAUUCGGACGAUGAGGACGCGUUGGAGGGGGGAAAAGAUGCAGAUCCGGACACAGAAGCGGUGCUUUCGGACGAGGAAGAUGCGGACGAAGCGAUGGAGACGGAAGGGGGAAAAGAGACGGCGGGAGAGCAGAGAGACAGACCUGGGGAAGGAGAAGCGAAGCCGAAAGAGGAGGCAGAUGAGACAGGACGAGCGGAAGCGGAAAAUGGAGAGGGCGGAACGGAGAAGGCGGAAGAGGAAGCGGGGCACGGAGAAGAGGCGGCCGAAGCGGAGGAGAAAAAGGAGUUGGGGGAAGUGCUGUUCGGGUUUGUAAGGGAGGCAGAGCACUUUGGGAGGCAGUGGUCGGCGGGAGUGCCCCCGGACGUUGCCGAAGCUAUCCCGAGCUUGUACACGCUGUGCCAAAUGAAGAUAUGCGAGUACACCCAGGCCGGUUACUACGACUGCCAGGAUGUGCGCGCGGGGGUCGCAGAGGGAAUGGCAGAUGACAUCUUUGCGACGCAGCGGUUGGGCCUGUCGGUGCUGCGGGAUUUCGGGAGCGCCAUUGCGCUGCAAAAGGAAGAGAACGCCGCGGCCGAGGGAGAACGGGACGCCGUCACCAUCAGCACGAUACACCGGGCAAAGGGCCUGGAGUGGCCGGUCGUGUUCGUCCCCCGGUGGAACGAAGGCUUCUUCCCGACCCAGUUCCGGGAGCAGGCCCUCCCCCUCCCCCCGGGCGCUCCCCAGCCCCCCGGCAAGGACGAGCUGGGCCACAUCGAAGAGGAGCGGCGGCUGGCGCACGUCGCCUGCACUCGCGCCAAAGACCAGCUGUUCAUAUCGUACAUACGCAUCCUGGCCAAGUUCAAGACGCCCGAGGAGCUGGAGAAGUCGUCGUUUCCGCUGCCCGAGGACCCGGCAGUCUGCCAUGAAAUCGUGCUUGAGGAGAGUGAAGAGGAGGCUGCUGCAAGAGACCGCGUAAACGCGACCCGCCCCAACUUCGUGGGGUUCAGGUUUGCAGGGGGCUUCGUUUAGACACCUGGCAGGCCUUCUCGAUACUCGUUGAAAUGAUUAUAGCCUCUAAACUAUCAGUCUGCUUGUCAAUUAGUAAGAUAGCUAUCAGUGCUGUGC